AUGAGGACGAUGCUGCCAUUGUUCGUGCUAAAUGACACAUUGCAGCUUUGGAGCAGGAGGUUGAGGUUCUCAGGGCCAGUAACAAGUGCAGACAGCGCCCGAGGGGAUGAUACCGCCAAUCUUAAACAUGUGGUUGUUACAUGGCUUACCAAACUUUUUCAUCCCAUGGACCCGCCUCUUCACACAACUAUUAAAGAUGAUUGCGGCUUCGUCCAUAACAUCACUGGCAAGCUCCUGUGUCCUGUAGAGUAUACUUGGUCUCUCAAUUUGACCAAAGAAAAGAUCAGGGACAGGGAUCCUGACUUCCUUGUCAUGGCUUACUCUUGGCCGGCAUUCUUAUACACGGACUACACAUUUGACUCCAGCAACAUUGAAAAGGGGCUUUUUCAUUCAGCUCUUCUUCUCAAAGCCUUCAAACAUCUAUUCACAUCUCCAUCUUCUGCCAAAGAAGUUGAAGGUGAUGGUAAUGGUGCCAAUGCUAUCAUGGCCUCUCAACGCCGUCAGACCUCCGAGAGCAACGCGGCCACUCGUAGUCAUAUGGCAAACAUUAUUGGCAUGAAGAUGGUCACCCUACGAUCCAUUGCCUACACUGCUUGCCAGCUUCAUUUUUCCCUCUCCAAUGUCAACUCCUGGUGGAGUGUUGAUGGAGAUUUUGACUAUUAUGUGUUCUAUAACAUUGUUGAUUUUUUCGAGGUUGCACCUGGCAUUGACGCUCAGGCUCAUAUCAAGGAGUUGCUAAAAUGGUGGAACAGGUGA